AUGCAUUUUUUGGUGGAACUACUGUGGAAACUGCACAACACGAAUGUGCUGUUCGUGUACGACAAGUCAGAGGAAAUUUCGAGCAUAACCACACUUUUCCAACUUUGUUGGCGAAAUGGCUUCGUCAACGUGCUGGCCUUGGUCAAUCGAACGCUCUACACAUAUCAACCCUUUCCACGCAUAAAAAUGGUGGCUUUGCGCAAACUCAGCGAGUAUUACGACAAAACGCAUUUGAAGAAUUUUCAAGGUUAUGCGCUACGCUCGAGCAUUAGCAAUAAUGCGCCGCGGGUUUAUCACUACACCGACGAUAAUGGCAAUCUCGCUAGUGCCGGUUAUUUGUAUCAAUUGAUACUGUUAUUCGUACAACAUUAUAACGGUAGAUUUGAAGAGGUACGCAUGCCCACCUAUCAAAUGAACUUAACGAAUAUUAUUAAGGCGUUUGAGCGUAAGGAAAUCGAUAUAUUGGCGGAUUUGCUCUUCAUGUACCCCAAUUAUUCGCACAGCGCUGUAAUUUGUAAUUAUCGCACAUUUUUAAUGGCACCCUACGCCGCACCACUGCCGCUCUACAUGUACAUCCUCAAGCCUAUGACGAGUCUACUCUGGUUGCUCAUAAUGUUGGCACUUUGCUAUGCAAUCCUCGCGCAAAUGCUGCUCUCCUGGCUGCGCGGUCGCCGCGUGAACUUUGGCUUGGCUUUUUUGCGCAGCCUCAGCUCGUUACUCUACCAGCCGAGUUACUACUUUAGUCGCUGUACGAGUGCGCAAAUUUUCUGCGCCCUUUUAUUGUUGGCUUGUAGCUUUCUUUUGACCAGUUUGUAUCAGACGAGUUUGGCCAGCAUGUUUAUAUCGCGGCUGUAUGAGCCGCAGGUCAAUCGCAUAGAAGAUAUCGCGCGCACGAAAUUCUCACUGCCAAUGACGAAGGAGGACAUCACCUAUAUGAGUCGCUUAUCGGGUAUACCGCAAAUCAUUUACGACCGUUUGAUUGAAGUUAGUCCAUUGGAGGACUAUCAGUUGCUGCGCGAUUUGAACACCUCGUACAUACUCACCUACAUAGAGGAUAAAGUGAACUUUUUCAUGUAUCAACAGAAAUUCCUGCGUAUACCCCGUUUCAAGCUGAUCGCCGAGGAGCUGACACAGGUGCCGAUGUUCAUAAGUUUGCCGCAUGGUUCACCGUUUUUGCAGCUGUUUAAUUGUUAUUUGGGUAAUGUUUUCGAUUCGGGUAUUUUCCAGAAAAUGUUCAUCGACAGCGCUGAGGAGGGCAUCUUGAGCAAUGAGAUACAGUUCUUCCGCACUGUCUCCAUUAUCUUUCAACCGCUCAAAGUCGAACAUUUUUCGCUGAUAUUUGUUGUUUGGGGAUUUGAGAUAUCGCGAUUCCAACUCUCGAAAGCUUGGUAUUCACAUCUGCAGCUAGUGAAUGUAAAAACCUUCUUAGAACCAAAAAAGAGUACUUCAACACCUAAUCAAAGCGAAAAGCCCACAUGUGGGUAUGCGCAGUACCUUGUGCCGCCCGAAGACCGCCGCCGACCAUCUUCACAGCCACCAUCGUCAUCGCUAACAUCACCAUUACCAUCAACAACGACAACGACAACGACCGCAUCGUCACAAUAG